AUGAACAACUUGGUCUCUCCGCUGUCCUCGGAGGCCAUGGCUCCUGAGGGGUUUGCUGGUGGGACCGUGGUGGCUUGUGUAAUACUGGGUCUAUCGUUUUUGGUGGGGGCUCCUGGGAACCUGCUGGUGAUUUGGACUAUCCUGAAGCAUGUCAAGAAGCGCUCCCACACCGUGGUCAUCAUCCUGCACCUGGCUGCUGCUGACCUGUUGGUGCUCAUUACUCUUCCUCUGUGGAUCUACUCUUUGGCCCAAUCCUGGGUCUUUGGUGAGACCUCCUGCAAGGCGAUCACGUUCGUUAUUAAUGCCUGCAUGUACAGCAGUGUCUUCCUCAUCACCCUUAUGAGUGUGGAGCGUUUUGUGGCUGUACGCCACCCCUUCGUCUCAGCUGAAUGGAGAAGGAAACAAGCCUUGAAUAAAGUUCUCCUAGUCCUGUGGGUUGUGUCAUUUUUGUUCAGUGUACCUGUCAUCCUAACCCAGGUUAUGGAUGAAAACAUUGAUGAGAAGCAAUGCCUGUACCGGCAGUACACCUCGGAUGGCCAGGAAAUUGUUUGUGUUCUGUUGGAAACACUGGUGGGUUAUGUUUUACCUUUCACCAUCUUAGUGGUCUGCUAUGGAUGUCUCUUUAGCCGUAUUGCCCAGAUGACACUUAAGUCCAAACGUAAAUCCACAAUCCUCAUUGCCAGUGUGGUGGUUGUGUUUGCUGUGUGUUGGACACCACAUCACAUUGGCAAUGUCCUCUCACUCACCCACCUUUCAUUAAAGGACUCCCAUCCUGAAGCAGCAAACAGUUUAGAAGACGCCAGUGACACCAUGACCUUCGUUGCUGGUGCCUUGGUCUUCAUCAGCAGCACAGUUAACCCCAUUCUGUACAUGUUUGCAGCGCGAUCAUUUCGGAGAUCUUUUCGUGACACAGGGAUUCAGAAGCUCUUCCGCCACAUCUCCAGCACCUCCCCAGGUGAAGGCAGUAGGGAGGUGUCCUUUGUGUCCAGAAGGCAGAGCAAUCAAACCAACAGCUCUCAAUGUGUAACUGAGACCAGAAAUCAAAUAGAUGUGCUGGUAAACAUGUGCGACAAGAGCCCUUCCUGAGGUCGGAAAUGCAUGGUUUGGUGUCUUUCUGUAUGUCUGUCUCCUUACUCAUAUAUAUGUUUUUUUAAUACCUUUUACUGUAAAUGAACCCCAAUUUCAAGCUAAUUACUGUAAAUGAACCUCAUUUUCAAGCUAAUUUUGUGAUUGGAAUGUAAACAGCAAAGUGAGAUAGAAGGGUUUGCGUUAAUGGAAUGUGCAUCACUUUGAAUGGCCUUGAUAAAUUAACUUUACUUUUAAGGGCAUUUCUUGCAAAUAUAUAUGAGAUAACAAUGUUGAUCGAAAUGUGGUAGCAACUUACCUUUAUUUCUUAAGUUAUGCAUCAGUAGCACAACAAAUGAUCCCAUUUGCAAAAUAAUGCAUUAACACCUUUUGUAAAUAUAUAGUAUGAUUUACAGAUGCAAUAUGGUUUUCUUUUUUGAUUAAUUUUGCAUAAAGGAGUUUUGUAUUAGAGUACUUGAGCUCUAUAUUGAUACAUUUGUGAGGAAAUUUUAUGUUUUUAACUUCCUAUCUUGAGGCUGUGUCUCCCUCUAUUUAUUUUUGACCAUCAAGACAUGACAAGAAAAAUCUUCAGUCAGACUGAAGAGGUCACUUAGUUGAGUGAUGAAACAUAUCUGUCAAUAAACAUUGUAU